AUGGUGGACUUACUUUUAUUCGAAAUCUUUCUUUGCCUGCUUUUUGUCUCAAUUUUCCUGAUCCUAGGCACAUAUCUUCCAAAAUGGGGUGUAAUCAUUAUUUAGUUUUGGUUUAUCCAUGAAUCUGGCAUCGUAAUCAUCAUAGGUAUAGCGAUCGGAGCAAUUAUGGGAGCAGUAAAAUUUAUAUAGGCAUGAACAAGUCCAUCAGAAUUCGAUGAAGGAAUUUUCUUUAUACCUUUUUUAUAUGAAUUAUUGCUUUUUUCAGCUAUAGGGACGAAUUUAUUGGAUAAAAUAAUAAUUUCAUGCUCCCUUUCUUGAUUUUGAACGCAGGCUACAAUUUGAAGAGAAAAAGAUUUUUUAAAAACAUUGGCCCAAUUUUCCUUUUUGGAAUUGGUGGAACAUUAACAGCUUUUAUUGUCAUAGGACUUGAAGCUUAUCUUUUCAGCGAAAUGGGUCUUAUAAUUAAGGAUGGAAAAACUUAUCAUAUACCUCUACAGGAUGGGUUAUUGAUAGGUGCUGUCUUGUCUUCCACGGAUAUCGUCUGUACUCUAGCAAUGGUAAAAGAAGAUAAAACACCUAAAUUAUUUACUCCAUGUGAGGAAAACUUUUGAAAAUAAAUUAAGUCUAUUGAUUAGAUAUCUUGGAUUUUCAAAGACUAAUUCUAUAAAUUAAUACAAAGCCUUACAAAUUGAGUUUUUCGAUCGAAAAAAAUUACAGUUGCCAGUCAAUCUUUCUUUUUUUUACAAUUCACCAUAAAACUCUGAGAUGAAUAAUUUCCUAUGAGACCAAAAAAAAUUUAUUAAAAAAUUGACUUUAAUCAUAAGAGAGUUAGCAUUUUAUUAGGAGAAUCUGUGAGUAAUGAUGCUAUUGGGAUUUUAUUAGUGCAAACUCUAAGUAGCAUGGAUUUAAGCAAUAUUGGUGCUAAAGAACUUUUUAUUUUUAUCGGAAAAUUUUUAUAUAUAAAGAUUUAUAAAAACUAAUCUAUUUUUUCCAAUUACAAACAAAAAUUUCCUAUACAAAGUAGAAAUAAUUUUAAUUUUUAAUGGUGCAUAUUUUUCUUAUGAAGAAAUAAUUGCUUCACAAGCACCAUAUGUGGGUCAAUAUUCGGAGUCGUCACAACUUAUAUGACAAAGCGCUUCAAAUCCCUUAGAGACGACCCCAGCAAAAUGAUCGGGCUAUUUUUAUAUAUUUCAUGGAUCGGCUACACAGUUGCUGAAUUACUCGGGAUUUCAGGCGUUAUUUGCAUCUUAGUCGCUUCAAUUAUUUCCGGGCACUAUUCCUUCUAUAACAUGACUCCAAGUUCCCGAAUUGCUUGUACUGAAUUCAUGCAUUUCAUAGGAGACGCCGCAGAAGCUUUAAUUUUUGCCUAUUUAGGCUUAACUACCUUAAGCUACGACGUAUUCAGUGUAUCAUGGGUUUAUUUAUUUUUUAUGAUUAUUGGUGUGCUGAUUGCUAGACUUUGUGGGACUUUUGGGCUCAGUUUCCUUGCAAGAUUCUUAUCUAGAGGCAAACAUAAGCUUACUAUUAAACAAUUAGCAGUCUGCUGGAUGGGCGGAAUUAUCAGAGGUGCAGUCAGUUUUGCCCUUGUGCUGACUUUGGACGGAGAAAAUGAAAAAAUCAUGAAAAUGACUGUUUUAGCUCUAGUUAUUGUGACUACAUUGGUAUUUGGGGUUGUUUUACCUUUGUGGGUAUGGUGGGUUGAUCCAAAAGAAGAAGACGUUGUGACUGUAGAUGCACAGAAAGUCCUUGGGGAUUUGGCAAUUGGACAUAACAGAAUUGUGAUCACUAAAGGGGAUUCUGAAGAGAGAGGAUGGUUUCAUAGGACUUGGAGGAAUUUUGAUAAUAAAUAUAUCAAGCCAUUUUUGAUAGACCCAGUUGCAUUAGAAGAAGCAAGAAAAAUCAAAGCAACAAUUAAGUCAUUAGGAAGGUCAUCAGUUGGAUCUGUUGGAGAAGGUCAUGAAGAGCACCAUUAG